AUGGUACAUAUCAACCCUUGUCUCUAUGAUAAAAGAGACAAAAAAUACAAAGACGUUAAGCAUAAAGAGCGGGUUUGGCAAGAAAUCGCCGAGCAAGUAAAUCUUUCGGCAAAAGAGUGUAAAGUAAAGUGGAAGAGUCUGCGUGACAAAUUUAGGAAGAUGAAAAAUUCCGAGGAACUUCCGUCCGGAUCCGGACAAAAACUGGGACCGCCUUGGAAGUAUAUGGCGAGUCUAGAGUUUUUGACGGAAACAAUGGAGCCUACGAGUACAACCAGUAACGGUGAAAUGGACGCAUGUGAACUGUCAGUCGAUAGUCAGUUGUUCCACACCACUACAAAACGUAAACGUUACAGCGAUGGUCUCUUCAAUGAUAUUCUAAUAGCAAUGAAGAGGAAAUAUGAAGAACCACAACCCACAAACAAGGACAAAUACGAGCAUUUCUUCGGUAUGCUUAGAAACAAAUUGGAUAAACUAACAGAAAGUGAAGCUGAUGAUGUGGAAAUUGAAAUCUUAAAUUUGGUUAAUAAAAAAAUUGUUACAUCCAAAAAUACCUCGAAAGGUAUUUUCCAAUGUAGUAAUUUUUCUAUUAAUACAAUUUAA